AUGAGCGAGGGCGUCGCGAGGAAGCGGCUGAUGGCCGAGCGGAAGAACUGGCGGAAGGACCGGCCCUUUGGUUUCGUAGCGCGCCCGCAGACGAAGCCCGACGGCAGCACCGACAUGAUGAACUGGGACUGCAAGAUCCCCGGCACGCGGGGCACGCCGGGGGAGGGCGGCCUGUACACCCUCACGCUCCAGUUCACCGAGGACUACCCCGGGAAGCCCCCCAUCGCCAAGUUCGACAAGGACUUUUUCCACCCCAACGUGUACCCGUCCGGGAAGGUGUGUCUGUCGAUCCUGAACGAGGAGGCUGGCUGGCGGCCGUCGAUCACCGUGAAGCAGAUCCUCACGGGCAUCCAGGACCUCCUCAACGACCCCAACGACGCAGACCCCGCGCAGGAGCGCGCCUUCUACAUCUACCGGGAGGACCGCAACCGGUACGAGGCGCUCGUCAAGCAGCAGGCGCGCAGGUACCACGACACGUCGUGA